GCAGCUACUUCAGGACGAAUUCUCAGUCCUCUGUCAUCUCUUGCAAAAAGAUGCCCCUGCAGUUCGUGUUCAUCCGGAACCCUUGGUCGAUGAACGAGGAAUAUUUGGCUUCAGAAUGGAGAGGCUUUCUAGUAUGGAUAUCAAUACUGCAGCAGAAUAUAUCCCGGAGGUCAAAAAAGCAGUCAAUGACAUACAUCAAGCUGGCGUGGUGCACUAUGAUAUCUCGCCAAGCAAUCUCAUGUUCAAUAAAGAGAAUGCAAUUACAGUCAUCGACUUUGGCCGAGCCGGAUAUAUUGGUCAACAAAUUCCUCCUCACCGACGGACUGGAGUUCAGCGACCAGAAAUGGACACUUAUUCGACUGAAUCUGAUAUUGAUGCUCUGAAGAGAACAGCAGGUUAGUUCUCUCGCAAAGUGUGUCCAGGAUCCUCGACUCACAAUCUUUAGAUAUAUUCGUUCGGAAAGGUCGUUUCAGUUGGUAGC